AUGUUUGAUAAUUUUGAUACAAUAGUGGCCACAGGACAUCUACCCGAUGGGCGUGUCAUGCGAAUGAGCUACACCGGGAUUGACGCAUUGGAUCAUCAAAUGACACCAGUGAUAGCAUUCUACGAAGUCCUCAGUAAUGCAUUAUCCUUAGGUCCCCGUCUUCUCUUUUUCGACAUCAAUUUUGUUGUCGUCUGUACCAAUGUCUGGGUCAUGAUUGAGAGUCGCCGACAUGGUGUGCAGAGCAAUCUUUUGAAAUACCCGUUUGCCUUCAUGGUCAUAUGGAACUUUAUUGGCGCUGCUCUGAUCCAACCUCAUUAUCUCUACUUCAUUGUCCAAAACAACCUUACGCAGCGAGACCCUACGAUGCCCCGACACGAAGCCAUCGCACUUUUUCUCACGACUAUCUUCGCUAUCCUUUGUCCAUCUCUCAUCUUUGCCCCAGCCUUGCUGGGAGUAAGCUCCUGGGCCCAUCAUGGACUAAUUGCCGUUUUCCAUGCCACUCCCAUACUGCUUGCUAUGAUUUUCUAUCUCAGCAUGCAAGUCUUAGGCUCUCCAGUCGGUCGAUGUCUGACCAGAUCUCGAACUGUAACCGACCCGAAGAUCCACCCCGAUCAGCCCUGGCUAGUAGGGUCUUAUAUCAUCGCAGGCAUGGCAUCAGGGGCAGUGCAUCUAUUCACCAUGAUCACGGGUUUUAAGACGCGUGACCCAGACGCAACCCUUUCCCGGCUCCUCAUUCCAACCUGGAAACGACUUGAGACGGCAAAUACAUUGCCAUUGUCAUGGACUGGACAAGGGGUUAAUACAUCCAUCGCACUGAAUAUGUCUACUGCGCAAAGAGAUAAGACCGCCGAGGUCCUCGAGCAGUUCCACCUUUUUAGCCAAUUUGAUUGGAUUGUGGUCUCGCUGGCUUGUGUCGUGUUUGCUUAUCUCCUAUUGUCUCGAGCUAGGAGGAGCAGGUCAGUUGGAGGAAGUAUCGAUACCCUGAUCUCCAAAAUGUCGGAUGUUGAAAAUAGAGACUUGGGUCUUUUGCUUGCUGGGGCGGUGUUGUUGGGCCCUGGAGCGGCUGGAUCGUUCGGGCUGGCGGUGCGAGAGACAAAGUUGCGGCAGCAGUGGAAUCGGGCUAGGAAAAUGAAGUAA